AGGAUCCCAGGAUCGGCCGUGCAAUGGGGCUUUGCAAGAAGCUGGUCAGCAGCUUCUCCUACAGUUGGAAAAAGAAGAGGGAACUUGCAGUGGCACAGCAGCAGCUGAAUCUGCCUGAACACUCCCUAAAGACAGAAUGUCCAACCAGAUGGGGAUCUAGGCAGGCCAUGAUCGACAGGGUCCUCGAGCAGCAGAAGGCCAUUGCCCAGGUCCUUUCCAGCGACCGAAAAACCAGACAUCUCUCCCUCACGUGGCAGGACGUUGAUGUACUGGAGGCAAUCAAUAAGUCGCUUAGCCCUCUGGUGGAAUUCACAGACGCACUUUCUGGAGAGAAGUAUGUAAGUGUGUCUUUUUUUAAACCAACCCUGCACCUCUUCAACAACUCAUUGCUGGCAGUGCAGGAGGAUGACACAGACCUCACAAAAAGCAUAAAAAAGAAGAUACUAGACUAUCUCAAUGAUAAAUAUGAUGACGCAGCGACACAAGAGCUGCUUGACAUGGCCUCUGCCCUGGACCCGAGAUUCAAGCUCAAAUAUGUCAGUGAGGACAAUCGAGGAUCCAUUGAAGCCAGCCUGACAACUGAGAUGAGGAGGGUGAUGACACUCAUGGAGAACGCCCCUCUUGAGACGGCAGCGGUGCCUGCAGAUGACACGGAGGAUGCUGCUGCAGCUGCACCAAAGAAGAAAAAGAAGGGACUGGGGAGCUUCUUCAAGGCCACCGUAGACCAAGCUGCAGAACCUCAACCUGCUCUGGAAAAGGACAAGGCCAUAGCUCUUGAGCUACAGUCCUACCUCCAGGCAGUGCCACUGGAUGCUGAGGAGGACCCACUAAAGUGGUGGAGGGAAUCCCGGAAGUUCUACCCACGGCUCUCCAUCCUGGCAAGGAAGUAUCUGUGCAUCCCAGCCACAAGUUCCUCUUCAGAGAGGGUCUUCAGUACAGGUGGCAAUAUUGUCACCUGCCUGCGCUCGUCUCUGAAACCAGACCAUGUAAACAGGCUGGUUUUUCUUGCAAAAAAUCUUUAAGAGAUGACAUGAGCAGCCCUACCAGCAUUUGCCAUGGUGGCCAUGUUGGCUAUAUGUUAAGGAGUUGUCAGUAGGUUGUGACAGUGCACUGCAACAUAUUUGAUUUAAUUUAUUUUGGUCUAAUUUAUUUUUAUUUAUCAUAUUAAUAUAUGUUUAGUAUGGUUUUGGAAGUGCGCUCCAUUAUGUGUUGACCUUGUUUAUUGGUAAAAUAUUAUUUCUUUUAAAGUUUAAUAAAUGGUCAAUGAAUAAUCGUCAAAAUAAUCGUGAUAUCAAUUAUUGACCCAAAUAAUCGUGAUUAUGAUUUUUGCCAUAAUCGCACA